AACCAACAUUGGCUUCGUUCCUUUACUUUCUCAUCAAAACUUCACAAGUAUCCUGCUGUAGAUAGCAAUGGCCUCUACCUCGGCCCUGAAACGGUCCAACUCCAUGACAGAUAGCAUGCCUGAUGCCCUGAAGCAGAGCGGACGCUACCAUAUGAAGAGAUGUUUCUCCAGCUAUGUCCAAAAGGGCAGGAGGAUACUGAAGCUUCAACAUUUGAAGGAGGAGAUGGAGAUGGUGAUAGAGGAUAAAACCGAAAGACAGCAAAUCUUUGAGGGUGACUUGGGUUUCAUCUUGUCCUCAACUCAGGAAGCUGUUGUUAUUCCUCCUAACGUAGCUUUUGCAAUAAGACCUAGCCCGGGCAAUUGGGAAUUUGUGAAAGUGAGUGCAGAUGAUCUCUCAGUUGAAGGAAUUACAUCUACAGAUUACUUGAAAUUCAAGGAAAUGGUAAUUGAUGAGAAUUGGGCAAAGGAUGAAAAUGCAUUGGAGGUUGAUUUUGGAGCUUUUGACUUCUCAAUGCCCAAAUUUAAUGUAUCUUCUUCAAUUGGAAAUGGUCUCAAUUUUGUCUCCAAGUUCAUAACUUCAAAGCUCAGCGGACGAGUGGAGAAUGCGCAGCCUCUAGUUGAUUACCUUCUGGCACUUGAAUAUCAGGGAGAGAAACUUAUGAUCAAUGAGACCCUGAACACGGCUGCAAAGCUACAGAUGGCCCUUAUAAUAGCUGAAGUUUCUCUCUCAGAACUGCCUAAAGACACUCCCUAUCAGCGCUUUGAGCUGAGGUUCAAGGAAUGGGGCUUUGAGAAAGGCUGGGGUGACACUGCAGGGACGGUCAAGGAGACAAUAAGAUCCCUCUCAGAAGUACUCCAAGCACCAGACCCAGUGAACAUGGAGAAGUUUUUCAGCAGGCUUCCCAUAAUAUUCAAUGUUGUGAUUUUCUCUCCCCAUGGCUUCUUUGGCCAGUCUGAUGUCCUUGGCUUGCCAGACACCGGCGGCCAGGUAGUUUACAUUUUAGAUCAAGUGAGGGCGAUGGAAGAAGAAUUGUUACUCAGAAUCAAGUCCCAAGGGCUAAAUGUGAAGCCACAAAUUCUUGUGGUUACAAGACUCAUACCAGAGGCCCUAGGAACAAGGUGCAAUCAGGAGCUGGAACCAAUCAUUGGAACCAAGCAUUCUAACAUCUUUCGAGUACCAUUCAGGACAGAAAGUGGAGUGCUAAACCGCUGGGUGUCACGUUUUGACAUUUAUCCCUAUCUUGAGAGGUUUGCACAGGAUGUAACAGUGAAGAUACCAGAUGUCAUGGAAGGGAAACCAGAUCUUAUAAUUGGAAAUUACACUGAUGGGAACUUGGUAGCAUCUCUUGUAGCCAGUAAACUUGGGAUAACUCAGGCAACUAUUGCUCAUGCUUUAGAGAAGACUAAAUAUGAAAACUCAGACAUCCAUUGGAAGGAUUUUGAUCCUAAGUACCAUUUUUCAUGUCAAUUCAUAGCUGAUACAAUUGCAAUGAAUGCCGCAGAUUUCAUCAUUACAAGCACAUACCAAGAGAUUGCGGGAAGCAAGGAGAGACCAGGACAAUAUGAGAGCCAUGCUGCAUUUAGUCUUCCUGGACUCUGUAGAAUUGUUUCAGGCAUCAACGUUUUUGAUCCGAAAUUCAACAUUGCUGCUCCAGGAGCUGACCAAUCUGUAUACUCUCCCUACACCGAAAAGCAAAAACGGUUCACAUCAUUUUAUCCUGCCAUUGAAGAGCUUCUUUACAGCAAAGAGGACAAUGAUGAACACAUUGGAUUUCUAGCCGAUAAAAAGAAGCCUAUUAUCUUCUCAAUGGCAAGACUUGAUACAGUAAAGAACCUGACAGGUCUAGCUGAGUGGUAUGGGAAGAACAAAAGGCUGAGAAGUUUGGUUAACAUGGUUAUAGUGGGGGGCUUCUUCGAUCCCUUAAAAUCAAAAGAUAGAGAGGAAAUGGCAGAAAUCAGAAAGAUGCAUACAUUAAUAGAAAAAUAUACACUCAAGGGGCAGCUCAGAUGGAUAGCAGCACAGACUGACAGGAACAGGAAUGGAGAGCUAUACCGCUGUAUUGCAGAUACAAAGGGAGCUUUUGUUCAGCCUGCUCUGUAUGAAGCGUUUGGCCUGACAGUCAUUGAGGCAAUGAACUGUGGUUUGCCUACCUUUGCAACUAAUCAAGGAGGGCCAGCAGAAAUUAUUGUGGAUGAGGUCUCAGGUUUCCAUAUUAAUCCAUACAAUGGGGAUGAAUCAAGCAAAAAGAUUGCUGACUUUUUCGAGAAAUGCAAAGUGGAUCCAGGAUACUGGAACAAGUUUUCAGAAGAGGGUCUGAAGCGGAUAAACGAAUGCUAUACCUGGAAGAUUUACGCAAAUAAGGUAUUGAAUAUGGGGUGCAUUUAUGGCUUCUGGAGGCAACUUCACAAGGAGCAGAAAAAAGCAAAGCAGAGAUAUAUACAUGCCUUUUAUAAUCUGCAAUUCAGGGAUCAGGUAAAAACCGUGCCCAUUGUGAGUGAUGAAGCUCAGCAGCCAGUGUCAAAGCCAGCACCAGCAGGCAAACCAAGUGGAAGACGGUCACAAUCACGCAUACAAAGGUUGUUUGGAUCUUAAAAUCUCAACAAAUGGACCUUGUUCUGCCACCUGAUAUAUAUGCUACUCUUGCUCAGCAACUUCUCUGGAAUUGAGACGUUUCAAAUUUUUACCAUUCCCACAUGAUGUAAUUCUUUCCAAAAAAAUGAAAUCAUUGUACUCUAUAUUAAAGCUGUUACAUUUUC